AUGAAGUCAAUGGCACGAUCAUACUUUUGGUGGCCAUCAAUAGAUUCAGAUAUUGAACGUACAGCUAAAAGUUGCACUCUAUGUUUAGAAAGUAGACCUGAACCACAAAAAUGUAUUUUAACGAAAUGGCCAAAAUCAUUACAUGUUUUUGAGCGCAUUCACUUAGACUAUUUAGGUCCUAUUAAUAAUAAAAUGUUCUUAAUCAUAAUAGAUUCUUAUAGCAAGUGGCCAGAAGUGUUUGAGGUAGACAAUGCUGACACAUUCAAUACCUUAGAGAAACUUAAGGAAACAUUUGCGAGAUUCGGUCUUCCUGAUACUAUUGUCUCUGACAAUGGCACCCCCUUCACAUCAAAUGAGUUCAGCCAAUUUUGUGAAACAAAUGGUAUUAAACAUUUAACUUCUCCUCCGUUCCACCCUGCUCUAAAAUUAUGA